CUCCUUCUCUCUGUCUACUAUCUCAUCCUACCCAAUAAGAAGGGUGGACUCGAGGUGGGGCGUGGUUUUCUUGCUGAUGGGCGUGGUCAGUGGUCCGGACCCCCCCUCAGGUGAAGAGUGUGACGGUGAAGUUCCUCUCUCUCUCACUCUCACUGCACUCCGCCUCGCGCCCUGCCCGGAUUUACCCCCCUUGAGAACGACCCCCUCCCCCGAACUAGCAACGCCAGCCCGCCCGGACCGCGCGCGGGACAGCAUGCCGCUUUGAGCUCGCUCUCUCCGUGUUCUCUGGGUUCUAGACUCGCCAUGGCGGUGCGCUUCUCCAUCCAGGCCAUCCUGGACCGGAAGGAGGAGAACCGCGCGCUGACGGGGCUGUUCGCGGAGAGCGCGUGCUGGGAGGACGGGCAGCGCGAGCGGAGCGCCUGCGUGGCGCGGGAGGAGCGCGCGGGCUACGAGACGGACUCGGGGCUCAGCGAGGACAACGAGGACGGAGCUGGAGGAGGAUCCGGAGCCGGAGCUGCUGUAGUCGGAGGGAUACGGGAGAAAAGCGCGUCCCCGCGCGGGACGGAGAGGAGCAGGCGCGCGCUGGAGGAAGAGGAGGAGGAGGAGGAUGAUGAAGAAGAGGAGACCGCGGAGAGCGCGAGGGCACUCAGCGACUGCGAGCUCUCCAACAGCGUGUGUGACUCGAGCACGGUGGAGGAGCCGGGCUGCUGCGAGGACCGGACCACCUCCGACCCGCCCAAGCAGCGGAAGAAACGCUCGCGCGCCGCCUUCUCUCACGCUCAGGUGUUCGAGCUCGAGCGCCGCUUCAACCACCAGCGCUACCUGUCGGGUCCGGAGCGCGCGGACCUGGCGGCCUCUCUGAAGCUGACGGAGACGCAGGUGAAGAUCUGGUUCCAGAACCGGCGCUACAAGACCAAGCGGCGCCAGAUGGCCGCGGACCUGCUGGCCUCCGCCUCCGCCGCCGCCGCGUCCGCCUCCGCCGCGGGGGCCGUGCCGGGCGCGCGCAGGGUGGCGGUGAAGGUGCUGGUGCGCGACGACCGGAGGCAGUACGCCCCGGGGGAGGUGCUGCUGCGGCCGCCGCUGCUCGCGCUGCCACCGUCCUGCUACUGCCCGCCGUACGCGUACUGCCUGCCCGCGUGGAGCCUGUCCGCGUGCGCCACGGGGAACCAGUGACGUCACGCCUUAUUUAUAUAUAACCCCACAGACUAGAACUAAUCCCCCCACGAACCGACCUCACGGACUGACAGCGAAGUUUGGACACUUUGGACAAUGUAGCGCGGGCUGUGUUCCAAAUUGAGUUCUGUUGGCUAUGUAGUGCACACGGACUACCUGACCACCGGCGCCCACCUCAACACACCGCCGGGUUGUUGGUUCUAGUUUUGGUUCUGUUCUGAGGGUUCUGUACAGCAGGGACUAGAGUAGAUCUGGAGUGAAUCGACAGUGGUGGUAAACUAAAGCAGGAGUAAGUCACGUGAUCGAACACAAAUAUUUAAUUUAAUAUAUUUUAUUUACUGUCCAAACCCACUAGAGAUCCUACACCAGCUUUCUGAGUUUAUAUGGAAGGAUGAUGAUGACGGUCAUAAAAUAGUGGAACAUUGGAACUAAUACUAAUACUUACUUUAGAGACAUUUUUCUGCCGCACUGCGCCCGGCAGCAUGUACAAAUCCCUCCAAAGAAUUUAAAAACAGGCUUUAGAACCAAAAUAUUCUUCAAACAGUGUGGUAAAACAGUGUAUCAGUACCUUGAAGCUAAGUAGGCUGUGCUUUCACCUCUAGAAGCAUUACAAACAAUGCUAAAUGUUUUAGAACAAAAGAAAAACAAUCUAUAUAUUUUAGAAACACAAAAUUGUGAGUGGGGCCACUGUUUAGAUAUACACUAGCACUCUAUAGCAUGAGGAUUAGGAUGCAGACACACUGAGAUAAACGCUCUAGCUGAGCACAAGCACUUAGCAUUCUAACACACAAGUAUAAGUACAGGUUAGGCACGCUAAUAUUCAAUCACACACGAGUAGUCUGAACUAGAACCCAAGUAUUCUGUGCUAUUCAUUCUAUAAAAACCUACAAAAGUUAUAAAACAAAUAUAAGGCCCACUAUAGUGCUCUAGCAUAGGAUGCAAACAUACAGAGUUAAACACUCUAAACACAAGCAUGAGCUUAGGUUUGUGGGAUGGAAGAACACAAGCUAAUGCUGAAAACAUACAAGCAGGCUGUCUAAGAAAUCCAUGAUAAACUUUCUAGGAACACAGGUGAGCUGUGCUAGUCCUUCUAAUAAUAAAAAAAGCCCAAAUAAACAUUCUGGAAAACAAUAAUCUGAGUUAAGCAAUGGAUAAAUGUAGAAGACUAGAACACUGAACGCUCUACAACAUACAAAAGUUAUAACAAAUAUUAGGCCCACUCUAGCUCUCUAGCAGAAGUGUUCUAGGAAGCAAACAUACUGAGUUAAACCUUCUAGCUAAACACAAGCAUGAGCUACAUUUAAAAAAGCCCAGCUAGACAUUAUAAAACAGACUGAGAGAGUUAGACUGAAGGUUAGGCAUGAGCUAGAACUCUAAAACACAGAACACUGAGCUAAAUGCUAAAUGCACAAGUGUUCUAGACAGUGUGAUUGUGGUGUUUAGGAUUCUACACUAGCUGAUUAGUGUUCGGUAACUCUGCUGAUGCUAAGGGUUCUAGGACAGGAGUUCCAGCACAAGAACCUGAACUACACUCUCACACAAGAGACUGGACGCUAUGUGUUGUGGUGCAUUGUGGGGGAUCUGGCGUGUGCUCUGGAUUAUUUCCAGGAUUGGAGCAGUCUGAGAAAGUGAGGACUCCUGUGGGAGAGUGCCCGAGUGCCUUGUGGACUUCUUUUCUAGGGCACUUGGUUUGAGGGAGCAGAUUCACCCCCUGGACUGAUGGGGUUCUGACCUCUUUCACUCGUUGUUGUGAAUGUAUGGGCUGUGUUGGGUUUGCUGGUUCGGUUCUGUUGGGAUCGGUUCUGCUGGGUUCUGCAGCGGGUGUGUAAGGGGGGGAAAGUGAGGGUAAGACUCUGCAGCACUUUGUACACCUUCAUCACCCUCGUCUUCCUCACUUCAGUACUGAAACUGAAGCAGUAAGACUUUCAAACCUCAAACGUUUAUCUAAUACACCUUAUUUUUGUGUGAGUGUGUGUAUGCGAAUGCGAGUGUGUGUGUGCGUGUUUGUGUGUGUGUGUUGUUUAUUGUAAACAAAUAUUAAACCAUAUAAAAUAAGACGCUA